UUUUGGCAGCUAAUCAUAUCAAGUUUAUUGCAGAAAAUCAGUCUGUCUCUGUAAACAAGCAGAUAACACAUUGUUCCAGGACUUGAUGUCUCUCCAUGAAUUGAACUACAACAAUAUUACAACAAAAUAAAGAUGGAUACACAGCAUGGAACAGUUACAAGUCAAUAUCAUCCAGAAGAGCAAAGUAAUUUUCACUGCGUAGCCAGCCUCAAACCACCACCAGAGCUCACGUUUGUGGGGAAUUUGGAAGAAGUGUGGGGAACGUUUAAACAAAGGUUUACGCUGUAUAUGAAAGCCACAAACACCUCUUCACUCCCAGAUGAUCAGAAAGUAGCUUUGCUUUUAACUGUUGCUGGACCAGAGGCUUUAGACAUUUAUAACAGUUUUGAAUUAUCAGAAACUGAUUGUGAUAAUUAUGAGCUUGUUAUGGAGAAAUUUACAGCAUACUGUGCUGCCAAGAAAAAUGAAACUUUUGAACGUUUUUUGUUUAAAUCAAGGGUACAGCAACCACAUGAGACUGAGUUAGUCACUGACCGUGAGAGGCUUCUCAGUGACUGUGAACUGACACUGCAAAAAGCUAUCUCAGUAUGCCAGUCUGCUGAACAGACCAGAAAACAGAUUGAUGCAAUGCAUAAAGAUAGCUCUCAGAAAGUGGUGAAUGAAGCUAGGAAAUUCCAGUCAGAAGAGACAAAAGAAAGCUCAGUAAUGUUUCAAGCAAAUUCAACCAAUGGACCAUUUUCAGUACAACCACAGUUGUCUUUUAUCCUUCCUGUAAGCCCCCAGGUGGGACAUGGACAGACACUGACCGAGCCUUUUUACCAAGCAUUUUUAAAGGGACAACCAAAGACUCUGGGGACUGUGCAAAUCACUUUGGUGAUCUUACAUGUGGCCCUUAGUGCUGUACUUAUUGCCACCAUGGGCUCAUCUCUGUCAAUAACUAUUAUUAGUGGCGUCACCUUCUGGGGAUCGAUUUUUUAUCUCAUUUCAGGAGCUCUGUCAGUUGCAGCUGAGAUCAAACAGUCUCGUUGUCUGGUCAGAGGAUCUCUGUCUAUUAAUAUCAUUAGCUGCAUAGCAGCGCUUCUUGAGAUCUCUUUAAUAAGUGCGGAUUUUAACAUUAAUCGUUAUAGCAGCUGUCAAUCUUAUGGGUGUUGGUCCUCCAGUUACCCUAUUGUGAAUAUCCGAACGGUUUCUUUGGGUUUCCUCUUAUUUGUAUCUCUGCUUCAGUUCUCUUUAUCAUUGUCGCUGGCUAUUUUUGGCUGUAAAUCUCUGAAUCAUGAAUCAAUCCGAGAACCACAGGUCUGUUGGAUAAACAAUAACUAUAAUACAAUAUUGACAACAACAGGACAGUUUCCUCCAGGAAAUGAGAUCACAGCAUUUAUUCCAGAGAAACUUAUUGACCCAACCAACCCAGGCAAACAACUGUGAAAACUGCAAAUACCCACGCAAAAUCCAUAAUAUGUCAAUCAUGCAUCUUGAGGCUUUUAUUUUGCCAGGACACAAUUUCUGAAAGUUCUACAUCAUUUAGAUAUUAUUACAGCAUCAGGAAGCGCACAAGAAUAAAUCAAAUGAAUAUGAACUUGCAGCAAAACUCUGAAAAGACAGAAAAAAUAGCCCAAGAAAGUGUAAUAACCAAGCCAAACCUAGCAUGGUGAAUUAAAAUGAAUUGUGUAGACUAUAAAGUUUAACUCCUUUACGCCAUUAGGACGUUCCAUGCCAUCCUUAACAGCACUGGGCUAUAACGCCGUUAUGACAGCAUGGAACACCCUACUGUAUAAGGUGUCCUGCAGCUUCCCCUUUGACGAAGUCAAGGAUUGGCCGGGGGGGGGGGGGGGGCAUGCCUAGCAGCGUAGGAGUCCCCCAUGAUCCGAUCCCAGCCUUAAAAUCAUGUGAUUGCAUUGACAGUCACAUGAUUUCAUUUUUACGAAUAGUGUUUACAUCAGAAAUUCGUUCUGAUGUGAACACUAUUAUUCCGCGUUGAAGGGUUUAUUAAAAUAAAGAAACCGUCUAAUAAACAAAUUCAUCUAAUCUUGCAGAAGGGUCAUGAAACCCCACAUUUUUCUUUCAUGAUUCAGAAAGAGGAGACAAUUUUAAACAACUUUCCAAUUUCUUCUAUUGUCUAAUUUGUUUCAUUCUCUUGGUAUCCUUUCUUGAAAAUAAUAAUACUGGGAGCUAGAUGUUUAUUGGUGGCUGUACAUUUAUGCCUUUUUUCACUGGCUCGCCCAAUGUAUUCAGCUAGCUCCCAGCAGUGAAUUGCUGCUUCUUCAACAAAGGAUAAAAAGAAAAACUGGAAGACUGUUAAAAAUUAUAUACUCUGAUUCAUGAAAUAUUUUUAGGGCUUUAUGACAAUUUUAAAAAUUAGUGAUCUCUGUUCUGGUAUAACUAUUCUUUUCAAAAUUUACUGUUAGAUUCGCAAGUACAACACUAUAUUUAUUUUUAUCCAAACAUACAGAAUUUAACAAAACCCCUAACCACUUAUACAGGCACACCUCGUUUUAUUGCCCUUCGCAGACAUUGCUCUUUUUACAAAUUGAAGGUGUGUGGCAACCCUGUGUCAAUCAAGUCUAUUGUUGCCAUUUUUCCAACAUAUAUAAACGCAUAAAUACACAUGAAUACACAUAUAUACAUACCUAUAUAUGCACACCACCAGCAAAAGACUUACUGAAGGCACAAAUUAUGAUUUUUUUUGCAAUAAAGUAUUUUUUAAUUAA